AUGUCACCUCCUGCACAAGGUCGUGUUUUGCUAGCAUACUCUGGCGGUCUUGACACUUCAUGCAUCUUGGCAUGGCUGAUCGAGCAGGGCUAUGAGGUUUACGCCUUCAUGGCUGACGUCGGUCAGGAGGAGGAUUUCGAAGCAGCUAGAAAGAAGGCACUCAGUGUUGGUGCAAAGAAAUUCUUCGUGGAGGACCUGAAGCGUGAAUUUGUAACGCAGUUAAUCUACCCUGCUGUACAAGCAAACUGCAUCUACGAAAAUGUAUAUCUACUUGGAACUUCUCUCGCCCGUCCUGUUAUCGCUCGUGGUAUGAUAUCCGUUGCAGACAAAGAGGGUUGCGACUAUGUAUCACAUGGCUGCACAGGCAAAGGGAAUGACCAGGUUCGCUUCGAACUUGCUUUCUAUGGCCUCAAGCCAGAUAUCAAGGUCAUCGCUCCUUGGAGGCUUCCUGAAUUUUACAACCGUUUCCCUGGCCGACAAGCACUACUUGCAUACGCGGCGGAGAAGGGAAUUCCCGUGCAACAGACUGCCGCAAAACCAUGGUCGACCGACGAGAACCUCUUCCAUAUCUCCUAUGAGGCAGGCAUCCUCGAGGAUCCAAACACCACACCCCCCGAUGACAUGUGGAAACUCACCGCAUCCCUCAAAGAUGCACCAGCGGAGCCUGAACAGCUGUCGAUCGAGUUCAAGGCUGGUCUUCCCGUAAAGGUUGUAAUUGCAAACCAGCCCCCUAUCACUGAUCCCGUCGACAUUUUCCUCGCACUCAAUGCUGUCGCAAGGAAGCAUGGUGUCGGCCGUAUCGACAUCGUCGAAAACCGAUUUAUCGGCGUCAAGUCUCGUGGUUGUUAUGAGUCGCCUGCAGCGACUAUUUUACGUGUCGCACAUAUGGACAUUGAAGGUCUCACGCUCGACCGCAAUGUUCGUGCUCUUCGCGAUCAGUUCAUCACUAUCGAACUCGCCCGUAUUCUCUACAAUGGUCACUUCUUCACCCCUGAGCGCGAGUUCGUGACUAGCGCCAUUCCCGCGAGCCAGCGCACCGUCAAUGGAACAGUUCGCUUGAAGCUUUACAAGGGUAACGUCGUCGUUAUCGGCCGCUACUCUGAUGAAGGUCUUUAUGAUGAGCACCAAUCUUCCAUGGACGAGCUCGGUGGGUUUGAGCCAACAGACACCACAGGUUUCAUCCAGAUUGAAAGUAUCCGCAUUAAAAAGUGGGGUCAGGCCAAUGCUCGCAAGGGCCAAGGUGGUGUUGAGCCACAGGAUGUUUAUGGCUCUCGCAUCUAGUUGACUACAAUAUCCUAGAUCUCAAGGACGGAAAUGAAUUAUCUCACCAAUUGUAAAUCGUACCCUGAUAUUACUCUUCAGUCGCGUCCAGCCGAACAUUAAGCACUAACCAGUACAAACCUCGAUGGAUGUUUUCCUUCCAAGACCUGGAUAACAUCAUGGUUAUGCAUAAAUAUACCUUGUAUAACGAAUUUAGGGGUGUUGAGACCUGGUAAUUUCUCAAUCAAGACAACCCAAUAGCUACUUCAACGGACAAGCUGAGUUGCAGGGCGACCUAGUGGGAUGGGCGCAUGGGGAACAGGAGCGUAAGGCGUCCUGACCUUA